AUGAAGCCGCUCUUAGUCUUCCUUGUUUCUACGGCCUGGGCUUUCACCAGGGGCCAGUAUUACUACCAGGAGCUGAUGAAUUAUCUGGAGAACAGAAUGCUUGCUAUUGAGGAUCGCAUGGAGCUUUGGAAUGAACAGACCCACCGCUACCACUCGGAGCUAAAGGAAUUCAAAAAGCUAACCGCUGAAACCAUGAAUGCACUGGGAAAGGAUCACAGCUUGCUGCUCAAAGACUUGGAAGGCGCUGCGGCCCGGGUGGACCAUGUGGAGCGGGAGAUGGACUACCUUGAAACCCAGACAGCUCCUCGGGCCUGUGCGAAUAAGGCAGACAAGGUGCUGGAGCAGGGAGCCUGGAGCGUGGAAGAGAGCAGAACAGAUGAAGAGGAGGAAGAGGAUUGGGAGGAGGUGCGCGCCAGAGUCUCUGACUGUGUGGACAUUCUCUCCAGCAUCAGAUCAGUGAAGAUCCUGAAGAGAGUGGGCAGUCCCAAGGGCAUGUGGAUCAGGGACCCCAGGUCUUCCAAGGUGUAUGUCUUCAACGGGACAAGGGGACACAGCAUCUACCAGUUCAGCUCGGUCCUGGACUUUUCCAGCUCUCCUGGCGUCAACCACAGCAGGCAGAUCCAGCUGCCCUCUGUGUGGAUGGGGCCUGGCAGCACUGUUUAUAACGGCUAUCUGUACUACAUUCAGCAGGAGGCUGGUACCGAGGUCCAGGUGGUUAAAUAUGACCUGCUGAGCGGUUCAGUGACAGACACUGCCAUGUUCCCGGUGGAAAGUCACGCUCCUGUUUACACGCUCAACCCAGAAACCACUGCAGACCUUGCAGCAGAUGACGAGGGCCUCUGGCUUUUGUAUGCCAACAGUGACAGCGAACCAAACAUCAAUCUAGCCAAGAUGGACCCUGCCACCCUCGAUAUAGAAGAAAUGUGGGACACCCGUUGCCCACGGGAGAACGCCGAAGCAGCUUUCAUUGUCUGUGGGACUGUCUAUGUGGUUUACAACACCCGCCUGGCCAGCCGCUCCCGUGUCCAGUGUGUGUUUGACGUCAAUGACAUGGUGCUCAGUGAGGAGGCUCCCCUGCUUUACUUCCCCAGGAGGUACGGAGCCCACGCCAGCCUCAAGUACAGCCCUGAGGAGAAACAGCUCUAUGCAUGGGACGACGGCUACCAGAUUCUCUACAGACUAACCAUGAAGAGGAAACUCUUGGUGUGA